AUAGGGUUCAUCUGAAAGUGUGUCAAACAAACUGUGCAUUUAAGUUUGUGCCAUUCAAGGGUUACAUUUUCUAGGUCUCCUAGAUGUUCGUCAAUGUUUUCCUUUACGAGUCGGGAGUCAAACGGCUUCCCUGACUUAGGUUACUGGUUAUAGUGUUCAUAAGAGAGAGGCAAGGGAAGCAGGCGAAGACAAAUACAAUGGCGGAAUGGCUGACCUCUGUGCUUCUAGGUUUAGUAGUUGCCAUUAUCUACAUUUGCUACUGGGCCUUUACUAUACCUCGCAAGCUUCCUCCAGGACCAAGAAUUUUCCCCAGCAUAGGAAAUGUGUAUGGUUUGUUUGGCACUAAGAACAUACUGAAGUCUUUUGUUGCCCUACGAGGACAGUAUGGCGAUCUUUUCACGUUGACAAUCGGCGGGAAAUUUUAUAUUGUUGUAAAUGGUUAUGAAACAAUGAAAGACAUCUUUAUUAACUAUGCAGAUAUCGUAUCAACUCGAUCGGGCAAUUUUUUAAGCAACGAGAUGAUAAAAGGAAACGGCAUUGUAUUUUCAUCUGGCCAUCGAUGGAAAAUAAACAGAACGUUUACAAUGUCCAUGUUAAGGGAAUUUGGAUUCGGCAAAAAAUCGUUUGAAUUAAAUAUCUUGAAGGAGGUUGAAGUUAUUAUUAAUGUCUUCGAACAACAAGCAGGAAAGCCUAUGUGUGUCACAAGCAGUGAUUUCAUAACCGUAAGUAUAGCAAAUAUUAUGUGUGAUGUGACCUUGGGGAGACGUUUUGAUAGCAAUGAUCAGGACUUUCUGGACAUCGUGAACGCUAUCAAUGCAACAACCAGCAAUGUCAACACUAUAGGGGCUCUGACAGCAUUUCCCUUUCUUGCGAAAAUACCAGGGGAUCCAUUAGGAGGACAGGAAACAAUAAAACAAAACCAAUUUUUUCAAGACGGUGUUAGUAAAAUGGUGAAGGAACAUCUUCAGACGUAUGAAGAGAACCAUAUUCGUGAUUUCAUUGACGCUUACAUUCGAAAAAUAAGAAAAGAAAGUCAAGGCAACGAGCAGGAUUUCAAUGAGAAACAACUUUUGCAGAUUGUUAUGGAUCUCCUGGGCGCGGGCACAGAGACAUCGGCCACAAGCAUGAGAUGGUUCAUCCUUUUCAUGAUGACGCACCCAAAAGUUCAAGCACGCAUUCGUGAAGAGAUACAUUACGUCAUCGGACAUUCAAAAUAUCCUUCCAUGAGUCACAAAGAUAGCAUGCCAUAUUCAGAGGCAGUCCUUACCGAGACCUUGCGACUCGGUUGUGUCGCCCCGUUAGCCAUACCCCACGGAUUGACCAAAGAACUGAACUAUGGACAGUUUCGGAUUCCAGACCACGCUGUUCUUAUUCCAAACAUCUACUCGGUUCUGUUUGAUCCAUCUAUCUUUGAACACCCAGAGUCGUUCAUUCCAGAAAGAUUUCUUGAUGACAACGGUAAACUCAAUGGAAAGGAGAAAUACGUGGUGUCCUUUUCUUUGGGUAAGCGAGUCUGCCUUGGAGAGGCCCUAGCACGGAUGGAGCUUUUCCUCUUGAUGACGUCAUUGAUUCAGCGGUUUCAAUUUCUACCAGUGAGUGACGAAUCGGUUUUUGACUUGGAGGGAAUUUUAGGAUUGACCUAUCAACCCAAACCGUUUUAUUUUAUCACAAAAGAAAUAUAAUCGUAAAGUCCUCGUUGAUGAUGAUCUAACAUGAGUUUAUUAUAAAAGUAAUCACUCGCCUAUUUUGUAGAUUUUAACUUUAUUUGAAAUUCACAACACUAAAAAAGUAUUCAAUGCAUGUACAAUAAUUUACUGAAACUACUAUGGACAAUAAUUUUUUAUGUGCAUACUUGUAUAGUUUGAAAAUGUAAUUAAGUCCAAGUACUGAGAGACAGGAUCUCGAAAGUAUCUACAUUUUCUUCGAAUAUGCUUUAAAACAUUGUACAUUGUAAGUUGGAAUUGGAUGUUUCAAUAUAUAAUAACAUUAGACAAUUAUACAUUUAACAAACUCCU